GGGGCCUGUUGCACAAAAGUAGAAUUAAGACAUCCGGGAUAAAUGACUCAGCUGAGCUCAAUGAAGCCAAAACAUGUGCGUCCAGGCUUAAUUGGUUGCACAAAGACCAAGCCAGGAUGAGCAGACACGGAUUCAUUAAGCCAGGUGAAACCAAUCCUGGAUAGGUGCGCGCUCACGGCUCACUCAAAUAGACCCCGCCACAGAUCACAGAUGAACUGAUUUACCAUGGCAACUAGAGCCGCGUACUUUUCCCCGUCGGAAGCACAAAUCCUCAUGGAGGCAUACGAGGAGGUAAAAGAUAUAAUUAAGAAGAAAGGCAACACCGCCACAGUGAUAAAGCAAAGAGAAAAAGCGUGGCAAAGUAUUGCAGACCGCCUGAAUGCGUAAGUAGUGCACAAUUACACACUCACCGCUCCGCUGAAACAUCACAAUUACAAUUCAAAUAUUUAAUUCACAUCUCCAAAAAUGCAGUUGUACUGUAAUUAUGAAACGGUUAAAUUUUUAAUUGAAAUGCACUGCAGAUAUGAGUGAAAUUGUGUAAAGUAACUCCAUCACACUGUAUAAACCUAUGAUACAUUUUUUGAUAUUUUUACUGAAAACAAGACAAAAAUACCAAGUAAUUUUUUGCAGUGUGACUCCAUUAAAUGUGUGUGUGUGUGUGUAGAUUAAACAUGAACGGGCCAAAACGGACAUGGCAGCAGGUCAAAAUCAAAUACAAGAACAUUCUGCAGAAUGCAGUGAAAAAGAAUACCCACAGACAAGGCACGGGUGGUGGGUCACCAAAGGCUGACCUUACCCCAGCAGAGGACAUGGCCUUGGAGCUAAAUAAAGGCAGGCCCGUCUUAGAGGGGAUCCCUGGGGGGAAAGAGACGAGCAUAGGUUCCUCCCAAGAUGCCACCCGCUUCAUUCAAGUGCCUGGCAGCACUGUGUUCCUGUUAGAGCCACCAGCACAAGCACCAGACGAUGCUGAUCCAGGUGAAGGCCCCAGUGCCGCAGCAACAGCACAUGAUGGAGACGAUGAUGAGGAGGAGACCAUCUCUCUGGAUUCCAGAAGGCAUGAGGACCCAGAUGCUAUACAGUGGGAAAACCAGCCUGGCAACAUAAGCUCACAAGCUAUCAGAAAGUUGUAUGGCAACCACCUCCGGCGCCAAAUAGAACUGGCAGACAUAGACAUUCAGUACAAGAAGAAGAAUCUUGCACUGGAGUCCGAAAUAAAAAAGAGGACAAUUAGGAAACUGGACCUUGAAAUAAAAAAACUUGAGAGGGAGCUCCAAGAAGAUGACACAGCUCAAAAUAAAAAUUAGCAAUCAGUACAACCAAGUCAUCGUUAUAAGGCAUCGCCCUCUUUUGCCCACCCCCAGCACCAGGUGUGGCCACUAGCCUAUAUGAAGGCCCAAAAUUGUGUGUUCCUUUCUGCUCUGACAAUGGCAUGCCCAUUCGUGCGAGAUGUGGUGGAUGAAGAAGCACUUGUGCUGAGGAGAGCCUUCAGGCGAGAAAGGGUCUUCAGGGACCGGUUGGACCCACUGGCCUUCCCUGAUGACCAUCUAUAUGAAAGAUACAGGUUUUCUGCAGAUGGCAUCAGGUAUCUAUGCAGACUACUGGGUCCCAGGAUUAAGCACCGCACUGCACGGAGCCAUGCACUGAGUGUGGAGCAAAUGGUUUGUGUGGCCUUGCGCUUUUUUGCUAGUGGAGCCUUCCUGUACUCAGUGGGGGAUGCAGAACAGCUGAACAAGGCCACAAUUUGCCGCACAAUAAGGAGUGUGUGUCUGGCUAUCAAAGCAUGAGCAGAUGUCUUCAUCUCCUUCCCUGGCCACAGAAGACUCUGUGACAUCAAAGAGGAGUUCUAUAGGAUUGCAGGUUUCCCCAAUGUCAUUGGUGCAGUGGACUGCACACACAUAAGGAUAAAAGCCCCCUCAGGUGCCCAUGAGGCCGAUUUUGUGAAUAGGAAAUCCUUUCACAGCAUUAAUGUUCAGAUGGUCUGCAAUGCUGACUGUGUGAUCAGCAAUGUUGUGGCAAAAUGGCCUGGCUCAGUCCAUGACUCCAGAAUCUUUCGGGCCUCUGAAAUCUAUCACAAGGUGAAUUCUCUGGUGUGUUGCUGGGAGACAGGGGUAUGGCUGCCAGCCUUUUCUCCUGACACCUUUCACAGACCCCCAGGAAGCACAGCAGGCCUACAACCAUGCCCAUGCCAGGACCAGGGCCAGAGUUGAAAUGACCUUUGGCCUCCUGAAGGCACGCUUUCACUGCCUUCACAAAUUAAGGGUCAGCCCUGUUAGGGCAUGUGAUAUUACUGUGGCUUGUGCUGUCCUCCACAAUGUGGCCUGCCUGAGGAAGGAGAGGGCCCCCAGAGUGCCACCAGCCAUGGACUGGGACAAUCCGGCAAUCUUCCCUGAUGACGACAGUGGUCGGCUGCUGAGGGACCAAUAUGUGUUGAAUUAUUUUAGUUAGUAUGUGUGCUUUCAAUUUUGGUUAAAUAUGUCCUGCGGUGGCAGAGGAAUUUGGGGUUUUUUGGGUUCGUUUUUGACCAAUUUGGCCUCUUAUGAUGUUUGUGCGGUAUACUGUGUGUAAUACAAGGCUGCAGGGAGGCUACUGCAUCCAUUCAUUUGUCUGUUCAGUUGAUGUGUAUGGAUUUGUCCUGCAUUUAUUUUAGUGUGCAGACAUGCAGGGUGUGUUAUAUACAGACCUUUGAAUGUGUAUGUAUCAUUUUGUAUAAUAUGCUUGGAUUCUGUGCUUUCCAUCUUGUAGAGUCACUGUGACUUCAGUUUCGAAAGGAGCUGAUGGUUUACCUGUUUUGUUUUGUCCUUAUUCAAUAAAGGAACAUAAUGUUACACAUUGUGUUUUUAUAUUCA